GCCUCUUCUUCACAUGUUCCUCUUCCUCUGAAGGCCAUAAUUGGCUUGCAGUACAACUAAACCAUGUCCAGAGCUACUGCCUUGAAUUUCCAAGAGUUGCUGAUCAGUCAAGUCUGAAUCAAGCGUUUUAGUCUGAAGCUUUGCAGGAUGGAUCCACCUGAUGACUGAGAUGGAAUCUGGCCAAUCCAUCUGCAUUGCAAGUUUGGAUUUUUCUCCUGUUCGUUGAGGAGGGAUUUUCUAUGGCACAGAAGACUAAAGAUGGGGGAUCUAAAGGUGUCCGACCCUCUCAGCGUCCACAACGCUCUCGCCACUGUGGAAACUGGGUCCGAAACACAGAGGGAGGUACCUUCAGCUCUCCAAACUACCCCAACAUGUACCCUCCCAACAAGGAGUGCCUGUAUAUACUGGAAGCUCAGCCCCGUCAGAGGAUAGAGCUUCUGUUUCAUGGGGCCUUCUACAUCGAAGCAUCAUUUGAGUGUCGUUUUGACCACAUUGAGGUGCGAGACGGCCCCUUUAGCUUCUCCCCGCUCAUCAACCGCUUCUGUGGUUCAGCCAGUCCCGGGCUUGUCCUCUCUAGCGGACGCUUCAUGUGGAUCCGCUUCUUCAGCGAUGAAGAGCUGGAGGGGAUCGGCUUCCAGGUCCAGUACACCUUUAGUGCAGAUCCCGAAUUUCAUCUUCAUGUUGGAGGACUUUUAAACCCAAUCCCAGACUGUCAGUUUGAGCUGUCCGGGGCUGACGGCCUGAUCCGUUCCAGUCAGGUGGAGGAGGAAUACAAAGUGAAGCCUGAGCAGGCAGUGGACUGUAUCUGGACUAUACGAGCCCCACAAAACCACAAGAUCUACCUGCGAUUCCUGGAAUACCAAAUGGAAAACUCAAAUGAAUGCAAGAAGAACUUUGUGGCUGUUUAUGAUGGCAGCAAUGCCAUCGAGGACCUAAAGGCCAAGUUCUGUAGUACCGUAGCUAACGAUAUCAUGUUGGACACUGGUCUGGGAGUGGUGAGGAUGUGGGCAGACGAGACAAGCCGACUCAGCCGUUUCAGGAUGCUGUUCACUUCUUUUGCAGACCCACCCUGUGCAGGCAGUUCAUUCUUCUGCCACAGUAACAUGUGCAUCAACACAUCUCUGGUGUGCAACGGCAUACAAAACUGUGUCUUUCCCUGGGAUGAGAGCAACUGCAAAGAGAAGAAGAGCAAAGGUAUAUUUCACCAGAUCACAAAGACUCAUGGGACAAUCAUCUGUGUGUCUACGGGAAUCGUUCUGCUGCUCCUCAUUGUCUCCAUCCUGGUUCAAAUCAAACAGCCAAGAAAAAAGGUAUUGAUACGUAAAAAUAACCUCUUCCCACGGGGUGACCUCCAGGAGGCGUUUGAUCCUCCACAUUAUGAGCUCUUCACUCUCAGAGACAAGGAGAUGUCUGGUGACCUUGGAGAGUUAUCAGAGGAGCUUCAGUCCCUGCAGGCACUCAGGAGAUCCUCAUCAGGCUCACGAUGCAUUCAUGAACACCACUGUGGCUCUCAGGCUUCUGUCAAUUCUAUUAAAGCCAGUCAGGCUGCACAUGGCAUGGGGAGGGGAUCUUUGGAGUUUCCUCCUUUUAGAGGGGACUUCCAGAGCUCUUUGCCUCCUUUAAGAGACCUGCACAGCAGUCUUCGUAAGAAAAGCUGGCCUAGUAUGAAACCCGGUCGGAUACAGGGCCAUCCUGAUUUGGGGGAGAGAAGACUGGGGCGGCAGGAUAGAGUGAUGGAAGAGGACGAAGAGGAGGACGAAGAUGAAAGGUAUGCUGUGUACGUACGCAGAGCAGGAGGACGAAGAGGGAAUUAUGAAAUGGCUCAACAGAGAUCUUUGUCCAUGGACUUCUGAAAUUUAAGAGGAGGUGGAUGAACUUCUAAAAAGAUGACCAAAAUUUGGGAGAGAAAUCAACACACGAACAGAAGAGAGGCGACAGUCAUCUCACUUAACCUCUUUGUGAUGUCAACAGUUAUUAAGAUACUUGGCUUGUUUCUUGACUCACUCCUGUUUUUGAAAAAUCAGGCUCUGUACUCCAGGAGUUUUAAGAAACUGAAGGUCAUGAGUCACUGCUAAAACACUGAAACAGCCAACACGGAGCCGUUAUUGUAUUUGUGAUCAGUGGUGAAGUGAAGACAGAUUCUAAUGCUGUGUAGUGAUCUUGUUACAACUGUGUUUUGUUAAUAUAUGUUUUAGUGUAAAACAAAAAAAAGAUGAAAUUUGUUUUCAAACUGUUUUGAGGGAAAAAAAAACUAAUGAAACU